AUGUCUGUUAUAGCUGGGAGUGAAGUAAUAACUGCUGCUGAUGGCACGAAAACUUUGAUAACUUAUGUUAUUGAAGGUAAUGAAAGGUAUAAGAUUAGUCAGAAUUUCAAGGAGAUAAAUGUUUUGGAAAGAGUAGAUCCAGUAGUUGAUGCUAGGAAAAAAUGGGCUAAGUAUGGCGCUGAGGCUAAUUCUCCACCAGGUCCAGGUUACGAUACUACCAACCCAGGGGAAAAUGUUACAUUCAUUUUAUCAAAGAACUGGAGGGAAUUGACAGAAAUAGAAGAGGCCAAUAGACUUAAAAAGAAUCCUAAAGUUUAUAUUUCAUGCAGGGCCUGUUCCCAAAACCAUUACACUUUUAAAUGUCCAACGCUUAAUAAGAAUGCUUCCCAAAACUGA